AUGGGGUUGAAUGAGGUAUACAUUGUGGUGAGAGGCAGUAUUCUGAUGAUGAAUCCACUACCCAGCAUUGCACAAGCAUUUUCCAUACUCAUUCAAGAGGAAAAACAGAAGGAAGUUAAGCCGCACAAUGAAUUUGUGAUGGAGUCUGCAUCUCUUAAUGCAAGUGCUGGAAAUAACAAUUUUAAGACCAGUUAUAGUACAAAUGGAUACAAUGCUGGGAACAAUGCAAAUAAAGGAGGAUAUUCGUUGAACAAGCAUCGCCUGUUUUGUGAGUAUUGUAAGAAGCCAGGACACAGUAAAGAUAAGUGUUUCAAAUUGCACGGGUACCCUCAGAACUCAAAGUAUCCUAGUUACUGCAACAACAAUAAAGGGAAUAGAGUUGCAUCAAAUGUAUUUGGAACACCAAAUGAGGGACCUAAUGUUUCAGAAAUCGAAGGAGGUCCUCAUGAACAGGGAAGAAUUAUGCAGCAUCUAACUCAAGAACAAUAUGGACAGCUUCUCAACAUUUUGGAAAAACUUCAAAUAGGAAACACAAGGGAGAAGUCAGGAGACAUGAACCUGACUGAAGGAGCUGUAAACUUUGCAGGUAUUGUUGCUUGUUCUUCUUCUAUUGAGCAUAGUAAUCAGUUGCGUGAAUGUUCUAAAUCAGAUGUUGACUCGUGGAUCCUUGAUUUCGGGGUUACAAACCACAUGACCUACAAUAAGAUAUUAUUGUGCAAUAUCAAAACCUUAGUAUACCAUUACCUAGUCUCACUGCCUAAUGGGUACAAAGUGAAGGUGACACUUAUUGGUGAUGUGAUUCUUAGUCCAAAGUUCAUUUUAAGAAAAGUACUUUAUGAGCCCAGUUUCAAGUUUAACCUGAUUUCUGUUCAUUCCCUAACUGUCCAACUAGAUUGCAUAGUUUUAUUCACAAAAUUCUCAUGUCUUCUUCUACAGGGCCCUUCACUGAAGAGGCCACUGGAGAUUGGUGAAGUCAAGAAAAACCUUUACUUUCAUUGCUCAAAUUCAUGCAAAAGUAACUCAGUUUUACCUUCUGCACUUGACACUACUGUUUCAUCACACAGUUCUCACACUGCACCUUGUGCAUCCACUACUACUUCCACACACAAUAGAAAUAAAGUGCAGUCAAUUGUAGGAACUAUUGUUUCAUGCAAUAACAAUGAAUGUCCUGUUUCAAAUGCCUCUUUUUAUCCUUCUUCUGAAAACCAUGAACCUUGUAGUUCUGUUCCAAAUGCAUCUAUUUCUGAGAAAUAUAGUGUAGAUAUUUUAUGGCAUAAUAGAUUGGGCCAUGUGCCUUUUGUCAAAAUAGGGGGCAUAUCAGCCAUCCCAACCACCUUUGCAAAAAUAAUAACCAUUUUUCUGUCAUGUUUGUCCAAUGGCCAGGCAGAGCAGAUCCCCCUUUCCACAAAAUCUACAUGGACACACCUUCUGACUUGCAAAAGCAAUGCUUUUCAUGUCAUCAAAGCUUUUGUUGCCAUGGUAGAGAAUCAAUUUCAGAAUACCAUUAAGACAGUUAGAACAGAUAAUGCCUUGGCCACUGAUAGUCAACAUUUGAUAAAGAAUGUGUCACUAGACUGUGAGCAGGUCUCAUAUGAAAAGGCAGCUGCUAUACCUGCAUGGCAAGCAGCAAUGACCCAAGAAUUUGAGGCAUUAUAUGCCAAUAACACCUGGGAUUUAGUGCAACUUCCAGUUGGAAAAGGGGUCAUAGGGUGCAAAUGGAUGUAUAAGAUAAAGCACAAGGAAGAUGGGGGUGUAGAGAGGUUCAAAGCUAGGUUGGUAGUGAAAGGUUACACUCAACAUGCUGGAGUGGAUUACACUGAGACUUUUUCACCUGUUGUGAAAAUGACAACAUUGAGGACUCUGAUUGGGGUAGCAAUUAAGAAGGGAUGGGAAAUGUUUCAAUUAGAUGUGAACAAUGCAUUUGUCACGAUCCGAAAUUCCCACCGCCGGGACUGUGAUGGAGCCUAA